GUUUGAAGCCUUUCCUAAACUGAUCAUUUAUGGCACUUCGCUAUGCAGGUGCGUUAUCGUAUACUACUCUAGAUCUACUCGAUAUCUUAGGUACCUACCUAAUGUAAGCAAUUCGUCAUCAUGCGAAUAGGUAGUAUUUCAAACACCCUAGCUUGUAGCUUUUAGGUAAUACCCUUUCUCCUUUUGUGCGGAGAAGCAACUCGUGAUGUUCAGCGGCUUCUUCCUCUCAACACACUAGGUGGAAGUAUCAGACAGCUUAUGAAAUUUAUGAAAUUGUAGAACCCUUUUUAUCGCUACUCUUGACAAUAUAUAAUAUACAUUAUGCUCGAAAUUCGAUGCACCGGCACUCCUUACGAGAUUGGGUUCACACAUGGUAAGCUCGCCAAGAAACAAAUAGCAGGAUCAAUCGAUUUCUAUGCAGAACUAUUUGCGAAGUCUUGCUCGAUGAGCUGGACAGAGGUUGUACAGGAAGCGUUGAGUUACUCGGAAAUAUUAAAGCAAUUCGCAGCUCGUUACCUAGAAGAGAUCAAUGGCAUUGCCGAUGGGGCGUGCAUACCGUUUCUAGAUAUCCUAGCAUUGAAUAUACGGUCCGAGAUAGUUUUCGGUCUCUUCUCCGAUAAACGCAGUGGGGUUACUGACACCCCCAGUGACGGUUGUACGAGCUUGGGCUGGUUGGCUGGAUCGAAAGCCUUUCUCAGCCAGAAUUGGGAUUGGAAGGUAGAACAAGGUCCAAACCUCAUAAUAUGCUACAUUUCACAGCCGGGCACUGAGUUUCCGGAUAUCGCGAUGGUAACCGAAGCUGGUAUUAUAGGGAAAAUAGGGCUCAAUUCGAACGGUAUUGGCUGUUGUCUGAAUGCUAUCCGCUGCCGGGGCCUUGAUCGAUCCAGGUGGCCCAUCCACUUUGCCCUCCGUGCUGUGCUGGAAUCAAAAUGCCGGGAGGAUGCGGUGGAAAUGGUCAAAUCUUUUGGCGUUGCUGGAGGCGGUCAUAUAUUAAUAGGAGAUGCAACGGGGUUUGUUGGCCUCGAGUGUACAAGUACUUGGGUGAAGGAGUUACCUAUGGGCGAGGACGGACGAGUGUGCCACACGAACCAUAUUCUUCUGGAUAAUUCAGGUAUAGAUGAGCCUUUAUGGCUAAAUGAUUCCCCAUCCCGUCUUGCUCGAGUGCGUGAACUCGCAGCCCAAAUACCUGAGCCAACUUUGGACAGAAUAUUCGAAAUCUUCAAGGACACUGAGGGCUAUCCUGCUUCUAUCAAUAGAAAGCAAGGAGCCGGUUCCGAGGCCCAGACUCUAUUCACUAUUAUCAUGGACCUAUCAAGUAAAAACGCUCAAGUCACAACUGGGAGGCCUACCGAGUUUCGGGAGCAGUUUAUUCUAAGGUUCUAGCUGGCCAAAAGCCUUUGAUUUUAUUUUUUCUACUAAUAAACACAACGUUGAAGCGA